CAACUGCACAACGUCCAGCCCUAUCCCCCUAUCGACGCCUCGACUUAUUCCUGUGUGAACGUAUAACCCGAAACUAGACUCAACCCACCAAUUCCCACCAUUUGCCCGCCAUGUCUUCACCACAGAAUGGCAUCGACAUCAACUCACUUCCGACUCAACAACUGGCUGCGCUCCAACAGCGCCUGUCCCAAGAACUCGAGCACCUGAGUUCGUCGUUCCAACGCCUACGAGCCGCUCAGUCCAGAUUCCGAGAUUGUAUCCGCAGUAUUCAGGAUGGUGUCCAGGGAAAGAGUGGAGAAACCCCGCUCCUCAUACCAUUGACGACAUCGCUCUACGUCCCAGGCACACUUGCCAACCCAUCUCAGUCGUCAUCCUCCUCCUCCGGAAAGGCAAAAGCUACCGUCCUCGUGGACGUCGGCACCGGAUUCUAUGUGACUAAAACAACGGACGAUGCUAUUACCUUCUACACCGGCAAAGUAGCCGAGUUGGCCAAGAAUCUUGCGAACAUUGAAAAAGUUGUCGCCGGCAAGAACGAGAACCUAAGGGUCGUGGAAGAUGGUAAGUUAUGGCCCACCCCCUUUGGGAUUUGCUACAUGGUCAUCGUUUGGCGAAGACUAAGCAUUGAUGGUUUAGUCAUGAGGCAGAAAAUGCUAGCAGAGCAACAGCAGAGCAGCGCUGGAGCAAGAGCGGGACAGGCACAGGCUGCGGCGGGUUAAGACGAAGGACAUUACUACUACGACAAAUACCAUGACAUGACUAUUCAUAAUUCUUCAUUCAUUUCUCUCAAGUCUAAUGAUCUAUGGAUGCUCCAGG